AUGGAGUUAACCGUGGAGCGGGUGGGAGUGGAGGGCAGCCUGGAGCUCUGGACCCUGGAAAGGGACCACAUGAGCCUCAACGAGCGCAUCUCCCUCUACCUGGCCCAAGCCCGGGCCAGCCCGGCCGCCCCCGAGGGCCAGCCCCGCAGCCCCAGCCCCGGCGAGGAAGGGGGGACCGACGAGGAGCGGCUGAACCGCAACUCCCUCGCCCGCUCCAUUAAGAAGAUCACGCUGUCCAACUGGCAUGGGGAGGCUGGCGCGGGGGACGCAGGGGGACCCGGGGACCCUGCCCGGACCGGCGGCGAGAGGAAACACAACAACAACAACAGCAGGCCAGGGAAAGCUCAGUUCAAGGUCUUCCUCAGGAAGGACGUGGAUGCGGAGGACGAGCAGCAGGAGGCCAGGAGUCCCCGGGCUGGUGGUUUCUGCUCUCCGGUGGACAGAGGUUCCCCCUUCUAUGCGCUGGCAGGACCGCCGGUGUCAUCGCCCCGGAAAGAGAGCCCCAAGGGCAAGGAGCCCACAGUGGCACUGAGAUGUGGUGGGCAAAGCAGCGCGGGAGUGUCCCCCCUCCUCAACCUGAGCCCUCUGGUAGCCCAGUUCAACAGGGAGAUGCUGCAGGCAGAGGGCUGGGUGCGAGGCAAGUUGCGGGACCUGAAGGAUGGCUGCGACCUCCAGGACUGGGAGGAGGUGGCUCAGACCCUGCAGCGGGACAUGAAGGAUUUCGAGAACACGCUGAUAAAGCUCAACCAGAUGGGUGAGCAGCUGAUGUGUCGGGUGAGCCCCAGCGCCGAGGGGGUGCGGAGGCAGCUGCUGGCCCUGCGGGACCAGUGGCAGCUCCUGAAGCAGACGGCCGCCAGCCAGAGCAAAGCCCUGGGGGUGCUGCGGAGCCUGCAGGACUUCAACAGGAAAGCCGAGCAGCUGGAGGCAUGGAUCAGGCACAAGGAGGAGAAGCCCUCCCUGGCAGCCCUCCUGCAGGAAAGCCCAGACAAGAUCCAGCUCACCCGCCGCAUCCUUGACUUGAAGCAGGAGGAGCAGCAGUUCCAGAGUCUGCACGAGGAGCUGAACAGCCUGGCCCAGAAGCUGGAGAAACAAGGCAAAAGUGAGAGCAGGAGCAUCUCAGCCCGGCGCAAGCACCUCAACAAAACGUGGCUGCGGCUGCAGGGGACCCUUAAGGAGCACCACGAGGCUCUGCAGCUGGCCCUGGAGGUAGCUGCCUUCCUCCAGCAAGCGGAUACCCUGCUCGGGACCAUCCACGCCAAGCAGAGGAGCAUCUGCGGUAUGGGGAAGCCAGGAGAGGGCGAGCCAGGCCAGGAUCGGGACGUCAGGGACAUAGCCAGCCAGGUGAUGAUGCUGGAUGUGACUGUGUCCCAGCUCCUCAGCCUGCAGCCCAGCCUGGCAGCCCGAGUUACCCCCAAGCACCGAGAUGUCAAGGAGAGCUGGGCACAGCUCCAGCAGGUGCUGAGGACAGAGAAGGCUCCGGUGCUGGCGAGCGGUUCCCCAGGGGGCGAAGCUGCAGCUCCAAGCACUGAGCCCCGAGGAGACGAUAGCAGCCGUGGGGCUGUGGGGAAGGAAGCAGGAGACAAAUGGACAAGAGGCCCCAGGAGCAUGGUGCCAAAGGAUGUGCCAGGGAAGAUGGCGGAGCACGAGAGAGGGGAGGAGAGCAGCCCUGGCUCCCCAGCGGCGGGGCAGCCCCCUCAUGGCAGGGACAGCAAAAGGAGGAGGAGAGAGGCAGAGGCUGAGUGGGGGAUGCAGCAGCCGGAGGCCCAGGUGCAGGACGUCUAUCAGGCAGUGAAUGCAACUGUGUCCCCACACAAGGAGAGUGGGGGUCCUGGAGUCCCCCCAUGUCUGGUGGGGGACGUGGAGAGCCUGGAGGCAGCACGGAUACAGUGGGAGCCCCUGGAUGCCAGCUCCAGUGCCAGGGCUGUGCUCCUGGAGGGGCUGGUGCCAGGGGGACCCCUGAGGAGCCCGCAGGUGGAGGCCAUGCUGCGGGAGCUGGGGGAGCUGUGGGAGGACCUGCAGAGGAAGCACCAGGAGAACGGCGCCGUGCUGCGGGAAAUCGAUAAGGCACUGAGGCUGGUGGGGGAGCUGGACGAGGCCGAGCGGUGGCUGCAAGCUGUGGCCGGGUCACUCUCAGAGCCAGCCACUAUGAGAAGCCCAGCGGAGCUGCGUCGGGACCUGGAGGAGACGGGACAGCUGGAGAGGCAGCUCCUGCUGUGUGGCCUCAAGCUUCAGGCACUGCGGGAGGAGGCGGCGGGCGAGACACCCGCUGAGCACGAGGGGGCGAGGAAGAUGCAGAGGAAGGUGGAGAUGGUGGAGGAGAAGUUGGCACAUGUGCAGGCAGCCCUGCGGCGCCGGGCAGCAGACCUGCGUGACUCCCUGGUGUUGUCUGAGUUCCUGCAGGACCUGCAAGAGGAGGACGCGCGGAGCCGGCAGGGACCUGCAGCGCCAGGGAGUGGGCAUUGUGGCUUGCAGGGGUCUUUUCCCCUGCUCUCGGCCCAGGCCGGGCAGCUGCCAAGCAGCAAGGACAUGAGCUGCCCCUUGGGAGAGCUGCAGGAGGCUGUGGAGAUGCUGAACGAUGCAGCGAAGGAGCGGGAGCGGGUCAUGGAGGUGGCAGCAGAGACGGAGAGCCUGGAGCGCCUGGUGGCAGAGGUGUCCCCGCGCCUGGAGGCCCUUCGCUGCAGAGCCGAGGCACUGGCUCGCGACACUGGUCAAGCAGAGCGCCUGGUGGCAGAGGUGUCCCCGCGCCUGGAGGCCCUUCGCUGCAGAGCCGAGGCACUGGCUCGCGACACUGCUCAAGCAGAGAGCAGCUUCACCACGGUGAAGAGCGAGAAGGACCUCCAGGGGCUGCAGGGCUUGCUGAGCCGGCAGCAGGAGAUGGAGUGUGCAGUGUCGGAGACCCUGCAGGGGCAGCUGGAGGAGCUGGAGAGGGCAGCUGCCCGCUUGCAAGAGCUCUGCCCUGCUCGGCUGUGCCCUGUCAGCCGGGAGGUGCAGGGGACGCUGUGUGCCUGGGCAGGGCUGCGGGAGCUGCUGCGGGAGACCCGGGCCCGUGUGCAGCAGGCUGGCCGGCUGUGGCAUUUCUUCAAGGAUUAUUUAGCGAUGAUCUCCUGGACGGAGGACACACGGGCUCAGAUCUUCUCUGAAAGCCCAAGCAGCCAUGGCCUCCCGGAGACUCCAUGUGAGGAGCUGGAGAGGAGGAUUGAAGGGAAGCUCAAGGAGUUUGAGGCGCUGGCGGCGGUGGGGCAGCAGCUGGUGUCUGAGGAGCACUACCUGAGCGCAACAAUAAAGGAGCGCUUGGAGGAGCUGCAGAGCAUGCUGGGCUGGGUGCUGGUGCGCUGGCGAGCACAGAGGCACCAGCGGGACCCAGGGAGCAAGCAGGAGGACAGAAGGGACCCAGAGAGCCCCUCGGGCACGUCCCCCACCAGCCAAGAGCAGCAUGCCCUGUGUGCUCAGCCCCAGCUGGAGAGCAUCCACAGCCCAGUGGAGUUCACACCCUGCUCCCUCCUCCAGCCUGUGCAAAGAUCAGAGCCACAGCUGCUAGCAGGAACGGCCAUCUCCCCACUGGCAUCGCCCCUCUCAGAUGCCCCAUCAGGAGUGGAGCGGAGCUGGGAGGAGCCCAGCAGCUCAACACCCCACGGUGCAGGACCCCCUGAGGAGGCUGUCAUCUGGGAUCCCGCUGAGACCUCCACACUGCUGCUGCCGCCACGGGGCCCCAGCGGGCUGGGGGGGACGGUCAACCUCAUCCUCAGCAUUGGCAAGAAGGGCGAGAAGAAGAAGGCACAGCCGGUGGCCGGCAGCGAGCGGCCAGGGGAGGAGGCGCUGCGGACGCGGCGGGAGCGGGCGAGGGCUGAGCAGGCCCGGCUGCUGACGCUGCAGGGCAUCAUGGGUGCCAGCUCCCUGCAGCCCGCGCCCGAGGAGCGCCACGGCCCCAGCAACACGUGGCCUCAGAAGUGCGGCCGAAGGAAGGGGGGGCCAGGGGCGGCCACCGCUGGACCCCCGCUUGGAGAGCUGCUGCUCUACGUCAGGAACCCGCUGGUGCGGGACAUCGACGCUGAGUGCGGGGCGGCCCCCCGGAACCCCUGCCUCCCCGACCCAAAAACCACGUGCCCCCACCUUUCCCUGGGCUCCGUGCUCAGCCUGGAGCUGCCCCGGGACGCAGCAGUCCUGGGGUGCCACCAAGGGCCCGCGGCGCAGCAGGAGGAGGCAGAGAGGCAGGAACAGAGGCAGGGCAGGGGGGUGAGGCCAUGGGAGCCCACAGGCCCGCAUGGGGCUGGCUGGCAGGAGGAGGUAGAUGUGGAUGGGCACAGUCCCCAGGGUCCCAGUGAGGGGCUGGAGAUGUACCCCAAGAGCGAGCGAGGAACGUGGUUCGAGGAGGUGAGCUUCAACCCCAGCUACAGCCAGCAAAGGGCACACCGCACCGGGGAGGAGCGCUGGAGCCCACGGCACCCCAGCAGCGCCAGUGAAGACCUCCUGGACUUCAGGCCAAGCCGGCUGUCCCACGUUGGUGUGCCACACGAGCGGGUCGGCUGGGAGGGGGACGAGCUGGCCUCCCGGCUGGGCCAGGGUGGCAGCCCCGGUGCCACUGGCAGGGCCAGGCAUCGCGAAGCCACUCGGCUGGAGCUCGGGCCAUCCCCGGCCAGCAUUCCAGGCAGGGCAGGAGCUGUCCCCGGCACUGCCUGCACACAGCAGCCAGCUGGCAGCAGCCGGCCCGGUGCGUCCCCAGCUUCCCCCACCGCCCCCACCCAGCUCUCUGUCUUCGAGUGGGCGCUGGGGUCCCCACAACGCCACAGCCCUGUGCCGGGCGCCAGGGAGGUUUGCCACCCUGUCCACGGGCAGUUUGAGGAAGAGGAGGACGGGGUGGGCGAGCGGCAGGCACCCAGCCCGCCGGCCGGCAGCCGUGCCUGCCAUGGGCCAGGGAGCGGAGCGGGCAGCCUACCCAGUCCCGAUGCCACCGCCGGUGGGCCCCUCAUCCUCUCAGCGGCCAACAACGUGCUGGUGGCCAAAUUCACCCUUCCCACUGCCGCCCGGCUCCUCCACAGCCCAGCAGGAGAGAAGAGCCCCAGUGUGGGGCACAGCGACGGUGGCAGCCCUAGCGGGCACAGGGUGUCCCCCCGCACAGAGGAGCCAGUGUCCGCAGCCCCUUUGGAUGGCCUGGGUGCCUGGGAUCGGUGGAGGCAUGGGGAAGAGGAAAGAGAGGGCAGCAAGGCCCCCCCUGGUAAAACGGAGUUUCAGAUGAUGGAGGGAACGCUGGAGAGGAAGCACGUGUUGCAGACAGGAGGGAGGAAGGCCAACUGCCGUGCCUGGGGCCUCUUCCACGCCGUGCUGAUGAGGCAGACGCUGUGCUUCUACCAGGACCGCAGGGACAGCAUCAAGAGCUCCGUGGUGGCCCUUCCCCUGAACCUCUCUGGGGCGGUCUGCACCCCGGACACGGAAUACACCAAGAAGACCAACUGCUUCAGGCUACAGCUGCGGGAUGGCUCCGAGUACCUCCUGAGGGCCCCCUCCCAGCCCCUCAUGAAUGAAUGGGUCUCCAAGCUGCAGCAAAACUCAGGUUUCCCUGAAGUGGAUUACUUCCAAGCAGCAGCACAACGUGUCGAGGGCACUGGCGGUGCUGGGGGCUUCAGCAAGGUCCCCAGCCCUGGGAGCUCCCACCUCCAGGGACAUCAUCAGGUCACAACUGCCAAGAGCCAGGAGAUCAUGGUGCUACCCCGCCCAAAUGCCCGGCCGCAGCAGCCUCUGGGCAGCCAGGAUGGCCCAGCCGAUGGGGCUGUGGCAGCAGCAGAGGAUGCUCAUGGGGCCGGGCACAGGGAGCAGCAGUGGACCAGGGGGUCCCCCGGGCUGUGGGACAACAGCUGCCAAGAAGAUGACUACGGGCUGGUGGCCAACAAGAGGAGGUCCUACUCCUUCACCUCAGCCACCUACCAGAAGAUCACGCCAGUGGCCGUGCCCAAGGAGCCGGUGGAGGCUGGGAGCAGCUACUCGGUCACACUGUACAUUGGGGAGCAAGCGCCGGCUGUGCCGCGGGCACGCUGCCACUCCUUCGUGGCCCAGCCGGGGAGCCCGCGGGACACACAGGGGGAGAAGACCCCCGGCCCUCCUCGCCCCAAGAACAAAUCUGUCUUCAAGAAGUUCUUUGGGAAGAAGGAGUGAGACCCAGCUGAGGGGGGAGAAAAGCCCCAGCCUGCCCUUUAUCCUUCUCUUGGGUGCUGUCCUGGCCCAGCCUCUGCUCCCAGCACCAGCUCACCACUUGCCACCUCCCCGAGGGAGAGAGGCUGCGGCAAGCGGCGGCAAGCGGCUCCGCUCCAGCUGGCCCCAGGGCUGCACUGUCCCCCAGCCCCUGCCAGCCUCAGCCUGGCGCUGAGCACCCAUCCUGCCCACCUGCCGGGUGCUCUCCCUGGGUGCCGCCGGCUCCCCAGGCAUCUCACUGACACGCAGCACAAGCAGGGGUGGUUGGUUGUUUUUUAAUAAAAACAGACGCUUA